AUGUCAAAGUUCAAAGCAUCCUCGCGACACUCACUCUACCGUCAGUUUUACGGUGGAGAUGAAUCGCCACCGUACGAAAAGCCGGAAGAAACAGAACCCGCCGAACCGGAAGGGCGCGAAAAAUCCUUCGGUAAAGUUUGGCUUAACAAUGAAGCUCAAUGGCAUCAUCCGAUAGCGAUGGCUCCUGGGCAACCACCGGCUCCAAUAGUGUCCACCGGACCACCCCUGUCAACGGGAGCACCUCCCCCAUUGAACAUGUCGAUGCCUCCCGUAUCCUCGAUGGCACUGCACAGCUCCCCGCACCAUCAACAGUCCCUGUACCUGAACCCGGCCAGCCUGAUGAGCCUGCGGGAUAUGAUGCUCCAGAGUCCGGCCGGGUUGAGCCUGCUGAACGCGGACACCAGCACCGGUCUAGGAUUGCUAAAGCGCAGCAUGCUCGAAUCGCUACCCUCAAGCUCAUCGCCAGCCGCCGCUUUUCCGCUGGGGAUAAACCCACUCCUUACCAGCACCUCUACCUCCUCCGCCAGUCCCAGCUCGUCCGCCACGACUGCGGCCGCCACGUACAGCCUGCCAUCGAUAAUUCCAACGACCGUUGCAUCAUUAUCACAGCAGCAACACCAGCAACUGAUCAAAAAGGAACGCGACGAAUCCGACAUCGAAAUGGACGACCGGGAAGAGGACGAACUGGACGAAAAACCUCCCGCCAAACAUCGCCGAGCACAGUCUCCCACGUUGCCUGCCGCGUUGCAUCGUCCGCAGCUUUCUCUCUCACCGUUCCGCUCAUCACCUCCCAGCUCAUCGUACUAUCGCAAUGCGGGAACUCAGCAACAGCAGCAGCAACAACAGCCAUCAUCGGCCAUCGAUCAGGGCUUACCGCAUCGAUCAGCGGUAUCGGCGACCGUCUCCCAUCAACCACAUCUCUAUCACGCGGCCGGCUCGGCGACAUCGUCCACCACGACGACGGUAGCCGCGGUCCCGUCACAUCAAAGGCACCAGCCCCAACAUCAAAGAGAUUCCGCUGAGCGUGAGCUGAAUUUAAAUGCGAACCGAGCGAAAAACGAUCGCGACCUGCACAUGCACAACCACAGCCGGGAUCAUCCGUCACAGCCUACCAACCACCACCACCACCACCACCAGCAUCAUCAUCAUCUUCACCAUCUUCAUUCACAUCUAUCACCGUUCGCGAAUUCCCGGGCCGAGCUGGAAUUGUUUCGUGACCGAGAGGCUGGACAGCAUCCGUCACCGCACGGUGGUAGCGGUGUUCGGACGGUCAACUCGGACUCGGAUGCCUCGGAACUCGACGAUGGCAGAGCGAAAGAGCGAACCGCAGUCACACAACAAAGCAAGCGCAAGAACAGUGAUGAUCUUGAGCGGCGUGAUCUGCGCUUCGGUACAAUGGCGUCUAAAGUGGACCAUGACGGUACGAAUCAUGUGCAAUCGAAGAAGCAGCAGCAGCAGGACCUAACGGCACGCAGCAAGUCAUCUUCACCCGGUAAGUAG